GAGAUUGCAGUCAGAUUUUUCAAGUUAAGUCAGUACAGUGAGUAGGCUCCCCCACCUCACCUCACAUCUGAUGUUAUGUAAGACACCAGAGGCCCCACAUCACUAAUUUUCAAAUCAUUAUCCAUGGCUGCUAGCUUCAUUUGCUUCUCUCACAAAGAAACUGCAGGAAAAACGGCAACUUAGAAGAGUGGUUUUCAUUCUUGUGUCCCCUCAUUCAUUGACUCAUGUGUUGGAAGCCAAAGCACAUCACCAAAAGUGUGGUAGAGUACCCACCACUUCAUCUUCUAUACAAAAACUCUCCCUCUAUGAUAGACUUCUUGUAAUUACUUGCAGUUGAACCUCCUUCAUCUCUUUCUCUAUAUCAUUAGUCCUUCAUCAUCAUCUCAAUGGAACAGGGUCAAUGUUAUUGGAUGCACACAAAGAGGAAAUACUCUUUGAGCUCCAAUAGUCUUGCUUCAUCGUCACUAUCAUGGGAAGAACAAGCUUUUGCAGAAGAUGCUGCAGGGUCUCUUGUUGGUGGCUGCACAUGGCCACCAAGAUCAUACUCUUGCAGCUUCUGCAGGAGAGAGUUCAGGUCAGCACAGGCUCUAGGUGGCCACAUGAAUGUUCAUAGAAAAGAUAGAGCAAGACUAAAGCAACCCUCUAGCCCCCAAAAUAAUGAAAUUCUAUUUCCUCAUGACCUUGAAACUCAUCAAACCCCUUUUAGUGCUCCAUCUUUGGGUAAUUACCUAGCACCAUACCCUCCUCCUGUUUAUGAUUUGGCUUACAAGACUAACCCUAAUCCUGAUCAUAACUUUCUUGCUUCAACUUCAUCACCCUCACCUAAUUCCAAGCCUUUGUUAUCUCCAUCAAUUAAUAAUUCUUCAUCUAUUCUCCACAAGAUUUCCCCUCUCAAUUCUUCUGGAGAUAGAUUAUAUUCACAAAAGUUUGAUAUUGAAGAAGUCUCCAAGGGGAUGGAUGCAAGGUGUAUGAAUGAAGUUUCCAAUGAAGAUGAUAUUGAUGUGGCUAUGAGCUUAAAUUUGGUUGUGUGCAGAGCUCAAUUAACACCUGUGCAGUUUGAGAGUAUCCAAGAGGCAGAAGAUAGAAAUUGCAAGAAGAGGAAAAGAAUAGAUGCUUCUUCUUCAAAUGAUCAAUUUUUCCAAAAGUCAAGAUCUGUUGAUGAUAGACAUGUACAUCAUAUGCAACCAAAGGUGUUUGAAUUUAGCCCUAUCAACAUUGAAGAGCUAGAUCUGGAGUUAAGGCUUGGUAAUUAAUAACAGGGUCAAGGAGGCUUUCAUCAUGUUUGAUUGGAUCUUCUGAGAGUCUCAGCUAGCCUCAGAUAUCUGCAAAGAAUACUGGAAUUACAUAGACAGGCUUGUAAACUUCCUCUUUUCAUAGAUAGUGUUUGAAUAACUGCAAAAUACAUGAAAUUGUAACUUAUGCUUCCAUUGAAGAUCAUGUGAAAUUUUAUUAUAAGGACAAUAUAUAUGUUUGCUGGCUUGAA